AUGUGCACUGCAGUCUAUUAGCUGUGAGGGGAAGUAGCAAGCGGUGUCUGUUUGUGAGACGACAAACAGCUUUUCAUGCAGAUACAGGCAGACAGACAGUUAGACACACACACAUACACAUACACACAGAGCAGGGCUAGUGCAAUAAGUUUAUAAAUCAGAAACAGCAGGAGCCCACGACCAAUAUGCAGGACAACAAAUCAGAUGUAAAGGCCAUUCGGGCUCGUUUCCAGACUGCAGGUACCUCUAUGGAAGGAAGUACUACAACACGGCCAAAAACCACUGUCCACCCAACCCUAUCAGGUCCCAUGGUGCCGUCCAAAAAAACUGCGCUGGAAGCCAGCCUCUCAGGUGGUGCUCCUGCUGGUGCUGCCGCUGCUACUAACAUCACUAUUCCUAAACCCAGCUAUGUGAGGAACAUCGCCUCCAACAACAGUGCGCCAGAUUCAUGGGAACCUUCGAAAUCUAAAGCUCUUGCCAGCAGGUUUGAAAAUGCAAUUGCGAAUGAAGAUAACAAACCACCUUUUGCUAAACCCUUGAAACCAAAACCACCAGAUUCGAACCAUAACACUGAACCAAAGCCAAAGGUACCAUUACAGAAGUUGCCGAUAGCAGACGUCAAGAGCACAUUCCCGAAGCCUCCAAUUGUAACAAACAAACCUUUUAAAAGCCCCAAACUUGAGAACAAUGAAAGCCUUAUAAACGCCAUUCCUAACCCUCCAAAAAUGCCUGCAGUUCCCAAACCAAAGAGCACCAUCAGUAUGCUUCGGCAACAGCCAGAAGACGAUAAGGAGGAUGAUCAGGCAGCAAAACCAGUUCCACCGUCAAAUGCAAAACAUUCGAGCUUCCGUACUGCCCAUAAUAUCUUUAACAAAGCAGAAGAAGCAAAGGAUGAGUCCAAAUCACAGAGCUCGAAAGAAUCGCAAGGGCCUUUGGUGCCACGGAAAAAACCUAGCUAUAAGGUCAAACCAUCUGGACCUGACGCAAAGACAGUAAAAGAUGAUCCUUCAGCUCCGAAAAAAAAUACAUUACCUAACCUUCUUGCUCUCGGCAGUCCACCGAGCAAACCCAACAGACCACCCAGAGUCAACCUAGAGAAGUUCAAGAAGGGUGCGGUGUUAGCGGAACCUCCAAGUGAGGCAAACGGAGCUGAAAUAAAGAAGGGAGGUCCUGCUCUUCCUCCUCCUCCUCCUCCAGCAUCACACCCCAGCAGCCAAGCAGCUCCAAUUUUGCCUCCACGACCCCCAGGACCCAUAGCACAGUCAGAUGAGGACUAUGAUGAUGUUGGUGACCCGAAUGAUUCAUUUGGAAACUCUGGCCAACGAGAUGGGGGAAGUGGAAGUGAUGGGGAGACGUAUGAGGAACUUGAUGGAUGGCAAGCACCAGAGGUGAAAGAGCAAGACAAGAAGCGGGAAAAGGAAGAGAAAAAGCGAGCAGAGCAAGAAAAGAAAGACCAGAAGGAACGUGAAAAAAAAGAACAAGAGGCCAGAAAGAAAUUCAAACUCUCUGGGCCUCUGACAGUCAUCCAUAAAGUGAAAGCAAGAGUGGAUUGUAAAGGUGGCAGGAAUGACAUCAGCUUUAAACAGGGAGACUCGAUUGACAUUCUCCGGAUUACAGACAACCCUGAGGGCCGAUGGUUGGCCAGGACUCAAGACGGGUCCUAUGGCUAUGUAAAGACUGAAUCAGUCCAGAUCGACUUUGAUGUUCUGAAAAAUCAGAGUAGGCCUGUGCCUGAGAAUGAUGGAGAUGUGUAUGAUGAUGUGGGAUCUCAGGAGGACAGCAACAGGAGCACCAGUGGUCCAGGAGUCAUUCUGCCUCCACCACCAGAGGGAUCUGAUGAGAUAUAUGAUGAUCUGGAAGAUUCCAGCCUUAAUGUCAGCAGCCUGGAGCCCAUCCCUCUCACCAAAGCACGCAGCUUCAUUCGGAUGCUAAAGACCCCCACUGACUGGAGAAAAAGUCCUGUCCACACUAACGUGGUUCCCCCUCCUCCUCAGUUCAGUCCAGAGGAUCACCAAGGAGGUGAGGAAAUUUAUGAUGACGUUGACACACCGCAGCCUCCCAGCAGCAUGCCUCCUUCCAAAUCAAAGCUGGCAAAACCUGAGGUUAAGGUAGAUGACCCGAAAAAGCAGAAAAAACUCGAAAAAGAGGAGAAGGAAUUCAGAAAGAAGUUUAAGUUUGAUGGAGAGAUCAAGGUUCUUUAUCAAGUGACUAUAAUCAAUAAUAAGAAAGGCAGUGGGAAGGAACUGGCAGUGCAGGCAGGAGACAUCCUGGACGUCAUCAGCAACUCAGACAAUGACAAACUCAUCUGCAGGAACAAGGAGGGAAAAUUCGGAUAUGUUGCAAGCAGUAACGUGCAGGCUGAGGAUAAUGACAUCUAUGAUGAUGUUGGUGAUGAUUGCAUCUACGACAACGACAACUGAUUGUGAGAAUGACAGCCUCCUGAUGCAGCUGUGGAUCCCACAGACAUUUUAAUGCCCCUUCUGACAUUUUAUGUUGGGUUUAUUUACUCUACAUGUGGUUGGAGUUAACUUAAAAUGAACAAUCUGGACAAAUAUAAAAUUGACAUAAUGUCCCUUUACAGUUAAUUUGCCUGAUUUUCUCCUUUAGGAUAUUUUUACAAACAACUUUUCUUUGUUAAUGGUAAAGUAUUUACAGAUACCAAGGACAACCAAUGUGCUACCGUGUUCAUUUUUUAUUUUAUUUGUAAGAUUAAAAACUUAGAUUGCUUAUAUGCAGUAGUAUAAAUUUUUAACACCUAAUUUAUGUAAGAUGCAGUAUUUUGUUUAGUUUUUUCUGUUAUGUUGUUACUUUCUUUUGUAGUCUCACUCACUCAUCUUCUAUACCGCUUUAUCCUGUAUUCAGGGUCGCGGGGACCUGGAGUCUAUCCCAGGAGGCUUAGGGCACAAGGCAGGGUACACCCUGGACAGGGUGCCAAUCCAUUGCAGGGUACACACACAUACACACACUCACACUACGGGCAAUUUGGGAAUGCCAAUUAGCCUAACCUGGAUAUCUUUGGACUUUGGGAGAAAACCAGAGUACCCGGAGGAAACCCACCAACCACAGGGAGAUCAUACAAACUCCAUACACACAGAGACAGGAAUCAAGCCUGGCCGGGAAUCGAACCCGGACCCUGGCGGUGCAAGGAGACAGUGCUAACCACUACACCACCGUUUAAAUGAACGUUUUUUUAGUCUGCAGUUUAAUAAAGAAGAUAACAUUGCAAGUCACUUUUGCAAUCUGCUUAAACUGAAAUGUGUUAUGAGCUCUUAACAGUGCCAGAGAUACACUGACAUCACUCGUGGGUGUUGUGGGUGGGAGAAUGGGAUAAUUUCUCAACACAGAUAAAUAGAUUGAUGCAUAAUUUAGCAAAGUAUAAUGUGUUAUGUAAAGUGUAAUGUGUUAUGUAAAGUCUUAAAGCUUUAUCCAUACAUUAUCUAUAUCUUUUAUCAUGUGUACCGCACCAGGGGCCUGGAGCACAACCAAUCAUACACAACCAAACAUACAUUAUGGGCAAUUUGGAAAUGCCAAUCAACCAACACUGCAGGUCUUUGAACUGUGGGAGGAAACCAGAGUACCAAGAGGAAACCCACCAAGCAUGGGGAAAACAUGCAAACUCACAUACACACACACACACACACACACACAUACCAGAGAUGAGAUUCAACCCCUAGUCCUGUGAGGCAACAAUGCUAACCACAUACCCACCCUAAAACCAAUGUUAAAGUUAUAUAAUAAUAUUAUAAUUAAAUUUUUUUGUGGCCAAUCAAAGUGCCAUUUUUUUUUAACAUAUGCACACAUUUUUGCUCAUGUGCACAUGCAAUAAAUAUCAACCAGCUGCUGAUUUACAUUUACUGAUAAAACAGAGUACCUCAGAACCUAUGAUACAAUUUGACGCUGUCACAUUCAACAUUUGUGGAUUCAUUUAUAUGUAAAUUUACAACUCAAGAGUGAAUCAUAGGACGUGAAUGUUAUUCUAGUGUAUAUGCUCCUGAUAAUAACUGCUGGAUUAAUGUAUUCCUUUCCAUUAUUAUUCUCUCUCUCUCUCUCUCUCUGUUUCCUGAUUCUGAACAAGUUUUUUCAUCGCUGUCUCCAAUCAGCUCCGCUUCUGAUUUCAAACACCUGUUAGCACUGUCACCUUGCACCUCCAGGGCCUGGGUUUGAUUCCCCUGUUCCCCCCCAUGCCUGGUGGGUUUCCUCCGGGUACUCCAGUUUCCUCCCACAGUCAAAACACACUUGUGUGUGUGUGUGUGUGUGUGUGUGUCCUGCGAUGGAUUGACACCGAAUCCAGGGUCUCGAACGAAAGGCAAGUCACGUAAUUGCGCAUUAUGAUCAGCAGGUGGCGACAUUCCUGCUUUAAAUACUAAACACCACUGUGGUUAGGUCAAGCAACGCCAUGCGGAAAUGUAGUUACGUACAGACGUGUGUUGUACUUUCUGUGCGGACUAAAAGUCAGAAAGUAUAGUCUGUACCCAGGUAAAAAAUAAAAAAUAAAAAUACAUACGUAAAAUAUGUAUUUAAGUACAGUAAUGAAGUACAUGUACUUGUCCAACUUCUGAAUAUUAGUCUUUAUAAAUUAUAUAUCAAAGGAGUAUAAUAGGAGUAUCUGUACAAGUUCUUGAUUAUUUUACUACAGAAACUAGGGAUAUUAAUGAUUAUUCAUUAAUCGAUGAAUACCCUUUAAGAAUUCAACAAAUUUAAAACUGAUUAUGUUUUGCCUAAUAUUCCCUUAUAAUAUUACACCACGAGAGGGAGACAGAUUUUGCAAUCUUGGACACUAUUUUGUGGACAGUAUUUUUGCAGCCCUCACUGUAUUUAUUCGUUUAGUUUGUUAACUCUGUUAAAACUAGUCGGGCUUCAUUAAUUUGUCUUAUGUAUCUAAUUAGCUAUUUUCUCACUUAACUGUUUAAAUAAAACUUACACUCAUAAAAAA